AUGUCAAGCUCACCAUCAAGAAGCGAACAUUUUAGUUUAAAUACUUCCCAAUUAACAGAAAGUAAUGAGGAUGAUAAUAAUAGAGAUGUUUUGGAAAGGACGGAAGAUGAUGAAGAUGACAGCUUUCAUCCUGAAUUGGAAGACGAUGAAUUGAGUACAGAUGCGAGAACGUUAAUUGAGUUUUCUCAGCAAAUUGCUUCUGCUUCCGAAACAGGCUGUUCAACUCAAGCAGUUUCUGAAGAACUUGUUGACCUUCAACGUCUUCGUCGUACACAGAAAAUAUUUAAGGAAUUGCAGUUUAAUAACCCUGGAAGACAGCUGGUAGAAUCUCUGUCAACUGAUGGACUGACGGAAUAUGCAUCUAAUAGGCCUAAACGGAACAAGAACAGGAAUAGAACGACUAAUGAAGAUUUAAAUUCUUCUCUUAACAACUUACUAAAAACGAGCGAAAAAUAUUCUCACCAAGGGUUUUGCUAUAGAAAAAAUAAAGGAAGCUCCGAUGGACAGAUUAUAUUUUGGGUGUGUGUUGACAGACGUAAUGAUUGUAAAGGCAGGGUUUGGACAACAUCUUGCGAAAGUAGAAAGUUCAUUCGUCUAGUUACAGAGCAUAGCUGCACGCUAGAAUCAUCAAGGAACACCAACAAAUCAAGCAAUUAUACAGGCAAACUCUUCCACAAUCAAAAAGGCCAUUUAACUACAAGUCGGGGAGCUGUUGAUCUUUGCGAUUGUCUCGAUUUGGAAUGCUCUGGGUGUAAUUACCCUUGUAAGAAAUGUGGUUCGCAAAAAUGCAGUUAUUCUUGCCGAAACAAUCGACGCACUUAUAUUGAAAGUAUUGAUGAAUUGGGAUCUGGUAGCACAAAAAAUCCGUUUCUUUGA